CCAGCUUUAGUGAUAGCUUCUCAGAGAAGGGAAGACUUCAAUAAAGACCCUCCCAAAUGGUAGUGUGUUGGUGCUCACUUCUUUGCUUCCUCAAACUGAAGUGAGCUCAUUACUUCUACUUGGGUCUUGAGUGAAGAACAACAGAACGGGAAGGAGAUGGGAGCUGCGAUAAACCCGCGGGAUUUGCCGGUUGGAUACAGAUUCCAUCCAACCGGCGAGGAAUUCGUGAAUCAUUACUUGAAGAGGCGAGUACUAGGAUACGAAGACCAUCCCUGCAUAAUUCCCGAUGUCGACAUCUGCUGGUGCGAUCCUUGGGAAUUACCGAAGAAGUUUCAUGGUGAAUCCAUCGUUGGCCCGGAUGACCAAGUUCAAGAGUGGUGGUUCUUCAGUCCGCAUACAUCCCAAAAGGUUAAAAGAUCGACUCCCUCUGGCUAUUGGAAGAAGACGGGCAUCAACCUGGAGGUCAAGGCCAGAUAUACCGGCACAGUAAUCGGUACUAAGAAAAUCCUAGUCUUCCACGAAGGUCGAGGCAAGAAUGGCGACAAGACAAACUGGGUCAUCCAUGAGUAUCAUCUACUCACCAAUGAUUUGAAUAGAACUCAUGUUCUCUGUCACUUGAAGCAUGAACGAGAUGAGAAGGCUGAUAAUUCAAUCAUAGAAUCAGAGCGUGGAGCCAUUAACCUGGCAAAGCUCGAAUAUGAUCUUCAUUUACCUGAUCGUGAGGACUUAUUUCCCAAGGCUUUGGUCCAAGCAAAGAUGAAUUCACUGAUGGAGUUAAUUCAGCCAAAGAACCGAGUUGAAUCUAUGGCUGACCACCAGCAGCAGCUUCAGCCUGCGCGAGGAUCACUAAAUAAUUGCUUCCCCUCCAACACACAUCAGCUUACGAAUAUUGGGGGUCCAUCUGUUAUGGACCUGUCAUUGAAUAAUAGUCAUGCUGAUGAAUCUAUUCAAUUAGUGCUUGGAACAAGUGAAGAAGAUGAAAAUGUUGGUGACAUGCAAAAUGCAGAUCUGGCUGAUGCCGUCUUCUCCAACAGAGGAAUCAUCAAUCAAAGUUACUCUCCGGGAUUCGGAGUUGAAGCCCGUGACCGGAGGACUCGUCAAUCAUUACUUGAAGAUGAAAGAACAACCUAUGCAUCGGUACCCAGAUCACUCCCGGUUCCUGAUCGGAACACACGGGCAAGGGCCAUGCACGGCUAUCCCUUAAACGUCAAUCUUCUUUAGCACAGUUCAGGAGGCCAGAGAUAUUGUUCUCGGCCUCCCGGAGGGGUACAAGAUGAGAAGGCUGAUAAUUCGGACAUUCCUAGUGGAUUCAGCUGCCUCAUCUGAAGGCAGGUUAAAGAAGAUCCAAGUGACCGAAGACGCGUUGUGAAGCCGUAUUAAACUUAAGUUCCUACGUGCUUAUUGUGGAUUCACAAUAAGCUUUGUGUAUUGGAAGUAAAAUCUUCUUUCUUGCCGAGAAGUCUUUUCAUUCUAUUUUACUUUUUUUUAAUUCAUCUCGAUAUGAGAACAUCGAUUGCUCGAAGAUUGUUCAACCCAAAUUACAGCACUUCUCCAACGUAGUAAAAAUGGAUGCAUUCGGGUAUCCUCGGCA